CGGAAGCGUCUCGACCGGGCAAUAUAAGCCGAUGGAGAAAGGUUCCGGGAUAAAUUUAGUUCCGGGGGCUCCUCCGUAGGAACGGCCGCCGCCAUGAUCCCGAUCCCGGUGGUGGUGUGCGUGCUGGGAGGCUGGUGCGCCAUCUACCUGGCGGAUACGCUGCUCAAGUCAUCCAACUCUCUGAAGGCAUCUUAUGAAGACUGGCUGCUGACAUACGGCUUGAGCAUCUCUCCUUUUCACAUGCGAUGGCAAACAGCUCUCUUCAACCGCCAGUUCUACAAUUGGGGGAGAUGGAAACCCAGAUUUCUGUAUUUAUGGUUCAGCAUAGGAAUGGUGUUUGGUAUCGUUGCCAUGUUUGGCUCUGUUAUUCUUCUCGGAAAGACACUGAUGCAAACACUGACACAGAUGCUCACCGAAGCACCGAAAGCCCAGAAUGAUCGUAUGCUGCAAGUUGUGGUGCCUGGUGUAAACUUGCCUGUCAGCCAGCUGACCUAUUUCUUCUCUGCAAUCCUCAUCAGCGGUGUGAUACAUGAAGUCGGCCAUGGGGUGGCAGCUAUUCGAGAACAAGUACGAUUUAAUGGAUUUGGGAUUUUUAUCUUCAUUGUCUAUCCUGGAGCAUUUGUUGACCUGUUCACAACCCACUUGCAACUGAUAUCUCCAGUCCAGCAAUUAAGGAUAUUUUGUGCAGGAGUGUGGCAUAAUUUUGUUCUUGGUGUUGCAAGUUUCAUGGGUUUGUUUCUGCUGCCAGCCAUUCUUUUCCCUUUCUAUUACACGGGUGUGGGGGCACUUGUAACUGAGGUCGCAGAGGAUUCUCCUGCCAAUGGACCAAGAGGUCUUUUUGUGGGAGACCUUGUCACUAACCUACAAGACUGCCCAGUUUAUAGUGUGGAAGACUGGAAUUCCUGUCUGGGAGACAUUUCAGAGAAGUCACAGGUUGGCUACUGUAUAAGUGCAGCCACCCUACAGCAAUUAAGCUUUCCAGCUAGAGUCUAUAGGAGACUCGAUGGCACAGUUGAAUGUUGUAGUAACAACAGCCUCACAGACAUUUGCUUUUCAUAUAGCAAUAACUUGGACAGCCACCUGUAUGCCUGUCUGCCAGCACGAAAAGUUAUUGAGGCCAGCAAAGUUUGUCGAACCAACAUGGACUGCCAGAAAGACUUUGUUCCAAGCUUUUGUGUGACUCCUUCUUUAGAGAACCAAACAAGGCUAAUCAGGGUAAAACAUCCACCCCAUAUUGACAUGCUGUAUGUAGGACACCCCAUGCAUCUUCAGUACACAGUAAGUCUCAGCAGUUUUGUACCACGACAAAACUUUCUAAGCAUCGAUCUGCCUGUGGUGAUAGAGACAUUUUGCAAGUACCUAAUUUCACUGUCAGGAGCGCUGGCAGUUAUCAAUGCUGUACCCUGCUUCGCUUUGGAUGGUCAGUGGAUAUUAAAUUCAUUCCUGGAAGCCACUCUGAGCUCCCUGAUUGUAGAAAAACAAAACAGAGAGCUUGUUGGCUUUUUAAUUUUGCUUGCUGGUAGUGCACUUUUGGCUGCCAAUGUUGCACUGGGACUUUGGAUGGUGACAGCACGAUAGAACAUUGGAUACGCUUCCAUCAGUUCUCAGAGUACACAGAAAGAAGGAAUCCAUUGCCUUUUAAAACUUGUCCAGUACUGAGAUUGAAAUAAUUCCCUUAAAAUGACACUGAAAGAACAAUCACUGGUGGCUGCUGUUUUAAUUUAAAACUGUACAACAUUGUGCCUGUGGUCAUGGGAAAUCUCAUUGAAGUAGGGACCUUUUUAUAUACUCUUUAAGCACUGUACUAAUUUUGGAGAAACUGCAUUGUAAAGUUUCACAGUAAAAAGCCUAAGACUUCAUUAAUUUGUCUCUCAACAUAGGGGAAUUAUUUGGCCUCAAACAGUUGUAAAGGGGGAGAAAAUAACACUUAGGUUUUAUUUUAUAAUUUGAAUAAUUGUCAGAAAAUAUGUGUGGGUUCUGAUCGUUUCUCAGUCAGCAUAGUCUUGAGUGUCUUGUUUUGCUUUUUUAAUCUGGUAUUCUACCAAACUGGACUCUUAAGAAGCCCUAAUGUCUGAUCUCAAAAUGGUGAAAAGCUAAGUAAAUGCUUACCAUGUGUUAAUGAGCAGAGAGAGGCCAUAUGGGUUAGUAUCUUUCCUUUUCAGCUGGCCAAAAUGACUGAAAGCAUGUUGUCCUCAGGACGUAGAUGAGAAGUGCCAAUGUCUGGUGAGAUGAGGCGUGUGGGAGGAUAACAAAGCCCACAUGUCUGUUUCUUACACAUUCAGUUGUAUAUUACCAUACGCAGCUGAAGAUUUUUUUAAAGGCAAUAUUUGUCAGCAAUAGCUACAAGAUAACUGAAAUUUAGUUUCUGAGUGCUGAAGUAUGCUGUGCCCAAUUAUUCCUAAGUGAUAAGUAAUGUUUGUGUUGUUUUACUCAGAAAAGAAUACUGUAUUAUACCUGUUUACAGUUAAAAGUGAAACCUGUUGUUUUUAUGGUGUCUAUCUUCCGAUGCUACGCAUUAAUGUGUACAGUAACUCACUGAUGGUUUUCUGUCUUUCAAAGGGUUGUUUUCCUUUGCUAGGAUUCAUUCUGCUCAAAGAUAGCUAAGGAAGAUGUUUAGCUGAAGCUGGUCUUGGAUCAGAAUUGUUUAGAGGAAGAAUGUGGUUGUGAAUUGAACUAUUUAAAUGUUUGGCUUUGUUUUCUGAGAGGAAUACAGACCAUAUCCUUGUUCGUAAAUGAACAGUGGAAGAACAGUCAGUGUUUUGCUGACUGAAGUGUGUCUGACACACUUUGCAGCUCUUUAAGUCUGUAAUGUUUUGUACCUAAUAGGAUUAUAUAUGGACUGUCAUGUCCUCCUGUGAUACAUUGCUGUGUUUAUAUAAAUGGGGUUCAGUCAGAGCCUUGCCUCAAUACAGGCUGAUAUUUAAAAAAAAAAAAUUAAAAAAAAAAUGCUCCAGUUUGGGAGCCUAAAUAUUUGAUAUAGGAAAAUUUUGAAAAACACCCUGCAACUUCUGGCUGGUACGGUGCUUGUACAGCUCGUACAGAGCUGCUGCAGCUCCGAGUUCCUUUACAGAAAUGGCCUUUCCACCCAGAACUGGAGUGGAAGCUGAGCUCACGGAUGCUGGCCUGCAGGGAGUACUGAAGCAUUCGUGACCAGCCAACAGAGAUUCUCUUGGCUCUAGCGGUAAAAGCCUGGGUAAUUUUAAAACUGGGGUUGAGCCCAACUCCUGGUGCUACUGCCUGGAUUCGUAGCAAUGGUGUUUGCAUUUGCCCACUGAUGUGUUACUGUAUUUUUGCACAGUAGCCUUCACGCUUACUGACGAUGUAUUCUUUUCUUAAGGUGAUGCAAGCAGUAAUGAGAAAGCACGUCUGUUUAUUCGUUGUUGUGUUAGUUUACUUACCUCUCCAGUGCUGUCACGGGCUGGGUGGGUCUCUUGAAGCUCGCCUCUGUGGAGUGGCAGGCCCGUGCCUCUCAUUUUCCAUCAUUUCGACCCAGGCAUGCCAGCACAGAUCCUGGUAAGAGAGAGUAAAUCCUCCAGUCAAUCCAGCCUGAGUCGGUCCCUUUGGGGACUGUUAAAAAUCACACAAAGUGCGAGAAAAGAAAAACAAACUAUCAGAAACUGGCAGCGGGCUUCUUUUUCCAGAGACACCCUCAAAGUCUAACUCAUCAUCGCUCCUGGAAGCCUAGAGAAGUUCAGGGGUAGCGGAUGGGCCACUGCCGUCCCUGCGUGGGCAGGAGGGAUGGGAGCAGCCGGGUUCUCUUCUCGCACAAAGCCUGGCCCUGAGGCUGUGCUCCAGAAGCACUCACCUAAGCGGCCGCUUGCUGAUCUGAGCUCUUCCUUUCCGUGGCUCUGUGCCACUUGUGUCUUGUCCAACCUACAGUGCACAAAAUUAAUUUGCGCUUAGGAGUUUUAAUGCAAUUUAGUAAGACAGGAUAUUUACUCUUCAAAACGGCUACUAUUUACGUAUCAGAGUUGCAGUGCUGUCUUACUAUCUAAAGCAACAACAACAAAUUCACAAAUCUAUAGUGAUUUCAAAAAUAUUCUGUGAAAAACAUUUCCAGUUUGAGACUUCAGAUAUUCAUGUUGACUACAACUGCUUAGGACGAUCUUUCAGCAUAGUACAUACCCCUCCUGGAGAUGUAGGCAAGAGAUUCAAAAAAACAGUUUCUGAAUUAACAUACAAAAAUUACAUCUGCUGUAAUGAGGCUGGCAGGUUGUUCCUCGUUAGUUGAUGUGCUACCAAAACACCAUGUUUUAUCAAAGGAAACUAAAUCCAGUUUAUUUUGCUUUACACAAUCACUGAAAGCCACAGUUAUACUAAGUAGAACUUCAGUCUGUGUUUGACUUCAUAAUCAAAAAGAGGGUGGAAAAGACAUUGGUUAUGGUUUUAGCAAAACAGACACACUAGUACACUGUAAAGACCCUGGUUCUCUUAUAUGGGAGAGACAGAAGUGUUUAAAAAUAAUUCAUGGGUCCAUUUCUCCGUGUGCUGGCAUUCUACUGAAUAAGGGUCGAUUUAGGUAUGUACAAGUGCUUUGAAUCAAGACUUAAAGCAAACCGGGUAUGAAUGGUGACCCAGCACAUCUUAGAUUACCUGUGGACAAAGGUAGUAGUUAAGUUGGACCGCUCUCUGAAGAAAAAGUUGUUCAGUGGAUCCAUUUCAUUCUCCUGUAAUCCUAACGUACGGAUUACAUUCCGAUAAGCAAGUGCCAUGCAUAUAGUUACUGGGAGGGGUUUUGCUGGGUUUUUGUUUGGUUAGUGAGAGAACACAGAAGGACACAGAAUGGUUUUUGUGUGUUGGAUUUUUACUCUGGAGUAUUUGCGAUGUUUCUUCUAUUUCUGUUUUUGUAAAAAUUGAAAGGAAACCUUUCCUUAAAACGAAAUCUUUCCACUUCUCAUUCUAAUUAGUCCUUCAGAAUAUAAUGUAUUCUUUAAUGCAGAAUCCAUCAAUAUAAUUAUAGGGCAUAUCGACUGGAGUAUAAAACAGAGCACUCCUAAAGAUUGGAUGAAUACUGCUAUUUAUGUACAUACUAUGCAUUUUAAAUCUGUAUCAGAUGGAAAAAAUAAUGUCUAACGUUGGGAUGUGUUAUACAUAGCUUUUACUUGAAAAUUGCUAGAAGAAUUCCGUAAUUAUAAUCAUUGUUCUGAUUUGGGUUUUUAUGAGAAUUUUUUUUAUAUCAGCAAAGACUUCCAUAGCAUGUUCUGAUAAUGCAUGCUGUGACAUGAAAAUGGCUAACUUCUUACCAAGUGGGAUGUUACACACUCUUUGCUAACCUCGGAAAUCAAAACCAGCUUGCUCGCGUACAAGUUAAAUGAAAGAGACUUCACUAGAAAAAGUAUAGACAAACUUGCAGAUUAGUCAGCCCAAAUUUAUGAGCCACAGUGGAAAAUCUGUUAACUCAUCCUUUUUAUUUAGAAUGAAACAACCAACUGUAUUGAUAGUUACUUUUUUCAGUGAUGAUGAUUCUGCGUUUGUGUAUAUGUGUGUCUAUAUAUGCAUACAUACAUGUAAUAGAUACAUACACAGCCACCGUCGGUACUGCUGCUUUUUUAGGGAUAAUUUACAGCAGUCCUCCGUACUCUGCAAUGUAGGCUUUUUUUUUUUCUUUUUCCUUCCCUGUAUGAAUUCCAUGGCUUUCUCUGGAUUUUAAAAUUGCAACUAUGUUUUUCUCCUGUAACUGAUCUAACUUCUUUAUUAACAGAAGACAAGGGAUGGCCGUAGUGCAACCACAGCUGCAUGAGUUUUGUUCAGCUGAUGUUGAAAACAUGUUUCUUGCUUUCUGUGACGCCUCAGCUACAAGCACGGUAAACAGAUUUUUCAGGGCAGCUAAAAGAGGUCAGCCUAAGAAUCCAUCGCUCUCUAAAUGCCGCUAUUUGUGCUGUUCCGAAUGAUAACUGGGAUGAGUGAGACUGUGUAGAGUAUACUAAAGAAAUAAUGUUUUCAGGACAGACCUCCCCACAGCAGUCAGGGUGUUUCAGCUUUCUUGAAAUAAGGAUAUAUUUUUGUUUGGUUUAGAACAUCAACAAUCCAAGUUUUUCCAAUGGCUUCCUAUACAUUUUAAACGAUGGCAAAGGGUGACCUGUAGCAAAUAUUUUUUUAAAUAAAUUCUGUAUGUCUUCUAUCCAAAAGGUCUGAAUUUGUAUCUGGAUAUCAUUUAUGACAGAUGAAGAAGGGUUGUAAAGGUUUAUGUAGCCUAGUCUGUAUUUAAUUGUUUUAAAAAGAUGCGAAUUAAACUCUAGAAAUAAAUAGUUACUUGUAAAAUAUGCAUUUUAUACAUGUGCAUUCAGACCAAUUCCCACAACCAGUCUUGCCUCAGCUUUGUUCUUGUGACCUUGUGAGUAAGGAAGCUGAAUCUAACUCAGGUAAGAUCCAGUAUUAGCAGUUAUUUUAUACCCUCUUUAUCCUGAAUUUCAUGUAACGCUAUAUAGAGAUUAGUUAUUUAAUGUGGCUGAGCUAUCUGGGGUACAUAUCCUGUGUUAAUGCAGCGUUUGGGAAGCACUGUACUAGGGACUGCCAGAAAACGGCAGCUCUGAGAGUCGUGUUCCUGGGACUCACCCGCUACGAUCAUGUGAAGAGCAGAUGGCAGCGGCUGAGGGCGGUGAAGAACCUCCGUUUAUGGCAGCUUUAUGAAACCUCCACACUGCUGACCCAGUGUGAAAGGCCGGGAACAAAGAGCAGGAUAUGACACUGCAAUUCCAUUCAUUCCAUUUACAUUGGCAUGGCACGUGAAAAGAACUUGUAAUUAACAUUUCAGAGCACGCAGAUAUGUUUUCCAGCCCUUCACUGAAUCAUUCAGUGACUGUUGACCAAACUUUUUUUUUUUUUUAAACACUUACUUUGUCAUUCCACGGAUAAAUACGUGCUGACUAAGUGGUAUGGGUAGUUGUAGUUUACUUAGUAAAAUGGACUUGGAUAUUUCUCACCUCUAGAUGUUCAUCUUGGGUUGGUUUUUGCAGCAUCAUAGUGUAACUGACCUUCACUUGACACUAGUUUGAAAGUUUGGAGGCUAUUUCCAAGCCAUCACUUGAGAAGUCUAGUUUCUUCCUUCCCAAGUUGUUUAUUAAUAUUUUAAAUUCCUCCUUUCCUUACGUAACUUUGCUUUUAGAUUUCAUAUACUCAGAUGAUCUUAUCUGAAGCCUGUCAAUGGAAUAUGUAUUGUUUUGACAUUCACUGUGGUUUUUUUUUCCUCUACAUAGCCUUAUUUUUCACACUGACUCACGGCUGUGGAAUGUUAGAUUUCUAGACCCUUUGUUCCCACUAUGCAUUGUUCAUGAUCAUGUUUUUAAAAAAAAAAAAAAAAAAAAAAAAAAAAGAAAGAAAAACAAGAAAGCUUCAUUUUGAAAAUGUCAGCUAACAAAUAUAUGGAACACUUUGAAUAAUGUAUUGUGUUUUUGUUUUGCUUUUUUUUUCUCUAUUUAAUCAAGCAAACAAUAAGUAUUGUUUUCUAUGUAUGAUAAAUGUAUCCUGCAAAUAAAUUCAUUGUUUGAUUGUUAAUGUGCUUAAAUCUGUUUUUAAAAAUAAGGUAAGAGCGACAUAACUCCUUGUUUGUGGCAAUUACCGUAUUCUCUCAUAUAUUCUCAUACUCUUCAUAUGCAACUUUUAUUCUCUCUCUGGGUACCACUAUCCUUUUCAGCACCUGACCACCUCCUAAAAUUAAUACUAACUGUCCCUUUACUUUCCCUUAUUUACCAGCUUACACAGUAAUAGUUUGAGUUAUCACAGAAGUACAUCCAGGUGGACACCUACACGUUGUUCUGGAGCAAAGCUAGCUUCAUCUUAAUACCACUAAGGUACACAGCGACUGCCUUACGGGAGCAAAUGCCUCUCUCUUGGCUUAGUUCCCGUGUAAUUCUUCUCUAACGGAGUUACGGACUUCCCUUAGCUUCGGUUGUGGUGAAAUAUUGGACAGAGGAUGCCGUGGUCGAGGUAAGAGGAACCACCUCUCUGGGCGGUAAGGCCAGUCCCUGCGUGAAGAACUUAAACCUCAGAUCUUCGAGCGACAUUAAGGUGAUGUUUCGUACCGCAACCUUCGAUCUGUCCGUACGGGCCAGCCCAGAGCUGGGCUCGCGUCCCGGCUCCUCCGGGAGGAGUUUGCUUUGGUACCCAGACGCUCUCGGGGGCUGCGUCGGCGCGGGGUACCCGGUGGGUUAGCGAUCUUUGAGAAGGGAGCCUUAUCCCUCGGGUUCUUGAGCAAACUCGUCUAGAGUUAGCCAGGUUGUUUGUACCGAGAACUGAAUUGUCCUUUGCUGCUUAUUGGACAAGCUGUUCCUUUAUACGAGCAGAGCUGUUUCAGCAAGUGUCGUGGCUUUGUUCCCAGAGAAGAGAUUACCAUGAGAAAUGGGCAGAAAGCACAGAGGGGACACGUCAUUUCCCAGACAGGUUGCUAUGCAAUUUUCUGAAUCCUUGCAUGAGGAGAUGUUGGUUUUUUGUUUGGGUUUUUUUUUUUUUCCUCUUUUUCUUACCCGUGUUAUAGGUAGAGACAAUAGUUUAUUUUUUCUGAAGCCUUUAAGCUUCUAGGAGGGUCCUGAGGCUUUUCAGUUGAUUUUUAAAAUGUUAUCCCUUACUCUGAUUAGGUAUGUUCUGUAGUCCAGAAUAAAAUCAGUGAUGUCUUAAUGUCAUCUUGAAGAAUGUUGCCUUAAUCACUAAUACAAUUUCAGGAUAAGACUUGAAAAGAAAUACUGUGUUUAUGAGUCUUACUGCUGGUAACUUUAUAGAGAAGGCUUAAUACAAUUCUUCCUCAGAUCAUACCAGUUUGAAUCACCAAGCAGAAGCAUUCCUCAACAUCUUUCGUAGAUCUGUAUGCAUUGAACUCACUCACUUUCAAUCUUCUUUUAAGAUUUUUAUGAGCUUUUGAUGUGAACUACCCAAUGAAACACAACUUAAGGUUUGAUUCUAACCUUCCAGUGGUAAGCUGGGAGAAUCCACAACACUCCUGAGGUCUAAGCAGCAGUCACCCAGACUAACUUUUUUCCCCUUUUUUAACCUCAGACAGAUGUGGGUCUGGUUUUUGCUUCAAUGCUUUUAAGGCUCCAGUGUUGUUGAAAUAGAAUUGGAUGUUCUUACUGAUUUUGUAUCUUAUUCUCUAUGUUUCUCAUUCAUUCUACGGCUUUGUAGUUCCUUGCAAAUAUAGUAGUGGCUGAAUACUAUGUAACCGCUGCUUCUGGCAGUCUUGAAAACACAUGGUGGUACAUCCUUUUUCAUUUCCCCUGAAAGGAAUCUUUCAAACCAAGAAGAAAUUCUUUCUUUCUUUCUUUCUUUCUUUGUUAAAUGUCAUCCUUUUUACUUGCUAUAGUAUUGUAAAGUCUCUGUAUCUUUUUCCCUUUCACAGCGCUGUGAGGAUCUCUAUUAAAAUAUUACCAGGUACUUUUAAAAAUGUAAAUUUCUCUGCAUUUGAUUCAGUUACCCGCAUAGGCAUCUGGUGUGGUCUGAGAUAUCCUAAGGUGUUCUUAGGUUAAUAACCUGACUUGGAACGACGUUUUGAAACUCAUCCCCCACGUGUCUCCUUUUGUCUCCUGUUGGUUUAGGUCUUGGGCUUUCCAAGACCUCCGCAUGGGGCUGGCAGAUGGGGGUGAGGCCCUACAGGAGAUCAAAGACAUCCCGGACCAGCAGCUGGAUACCGGGGGGGUACCUGAGGGCAUCCUGUAGCACGCCAGAUGCUUGGAUGUGGGCAACAAUUCAAGCCAGACUGACUCCUUUUCCUUCCUUGCAUUUCUUUUCUUUUCGACUCGUGAAUUAGAGUGGCAUAUGAGGCUUUCUGAGUGAGUUUUAUUUGGCAUAAAAAUACAUCUAGGCUUUUCUCUUUGUGCGUAAGUGCUAUACAAAGUUAGUGCUAGCAGAAUACGUGCGUCCUCCUCCUGCUCUGGAUGCAGAAGUGAGUAUUGCUGCCUUAUCUGCAGCAAGAAAAAAGCAGGCUUAUUUUAUAAGGAAAAUACCAUCUGUCUCCAGAUGUGGAGUGGUGGUAGCAGCAGCGCACAGAUUUACAGGACGGACGGGCUGAAGAGGCACCAGGUGGAGACAAGGCGGCGUGAGGGGACUCGUCUUGGCCAACUGCCACAAUUGUGUACUUGACUCUUUUUUUUCCUUGCAGGAGAAAAGAAGUGGUGAGACUUACAGUCAGGAAUCCGAUAAAACCAGGGAAGGGGCGUGAUAGAGAGAGGCCGUUUGUCCAUUUACAGAGUGUUUAAAUCAGAUAGAGAGCAUGUAUACUUUACGAGUGGGGAUGUAAGUGCUGUUUUGUAACCCCACAAUAAGCGUUUUUGCUACUUUUUUUUCUUUUCCUUGAAGCAUCUAGAGAGCUGACCUGCAAAUGAAACUAACAGACUUCGAUCGUUGGUAGAAACAUCCCACGCAGUAAGAUCAGAGCGGCACUAAAAGCCUGUCCUAGUUAGCAGUUCAAGGCUUUCAGACCUUGGAGUCGUGUCCCUCUCCCUGUUUCAGGAUCAGGCUCGAUCUUGCUCUCAGUCUGGAUGCAAAGUCAGAACUUUUCUCCUGUUUCCACAUUCCCUCUUCUGCACGAGUUGACCUCACAGAUGCAAUGAUUAAGAAAAAUUAAUCAAUCCAUUUUUCUAAUGUUUUGCCCCUUGGCUUUGUUUUCAUUCCCACAGCUAUUUGAAUAACUAGCAGCAACUAGGCCAAACCACCUGUAUCUCUAUCAUCGCUGCAAAAUCAGCAAAGCCAGAUUAUGAACGUGCAUUAUAAACCACAAAUUCCUGGGUACUUACCACCGGUUAUACGAACAAACUUCCCCUCCCACUGCAACUGCUUGCCACUCUUUAGUAGAUGAUUAAAUUUAUGCCCUGGAAAUGUUCUGCGAGGUGCUUGCAACGCUCAACGUGCUGCAGAGCUGGAGGAAAAAAACGGGCAAAACAAAACUUGCAUAGUGCGCUUUUUACAACUGGGCAAAAUUCACUGUUUCAUUUACUGGACCAGUGCGGAUAAGUUAUUAUUUUGUCAUAUUUGAAGGCCCUGGUUAUUUUUCCAGCAUUUCUCUUCAAAGUUACUCCUGAGGAGAGCACUUCAGCAGUUAACCUAACUGGCCUCUGCAUACCACUUUAACUGCUGUUAAAUGGAACUGAACCAGAAGUUAAAAUAUUACUGAAAUAGCUGUGAAAACUUUAGCAUAUUAUCAAGCACUGUUUUUUCAUAAACCUGCAGAAACCUAUUGUUUACUUGAGAUUUUACCUAACUGGGAACCGCACAAUUUUGUUAACCUUUAUUUUUUUAUCUUGACAUGAAAAUACCAAAAGCAAUUCUGGAGAAAACAUCUCAGCUUUCACUUAAGGGUUACUUAGAGGGGCUCGCUCUUAGCUGUGCAAAUGAUGGUGUAAAAAUUAAACUGUAUCAUUUAACAACAUGAUAUUAAAUGUGAUACUGAAUGUGAUAAUCACUCUGUUCUCAUAUAUAUGAUUCUCCACCUCGUUUCUCAUGCUCUAUACUAAGUCAAAUGCAAGUGCAAUGCAGAUUAUUUGCAUUAGCUUUUAUAGCUGUACAGUGUACCUGAAGACGUUAAGGUUGCUGCCAAACCGAGAGUCCAGCUUUGGUGAACUUUGUUCAUCAUAGUAACAAGGAAAAAAAAAUUGAGGUAGUGAAUGUAGCUGAUUAAGGAGUCAUGAAACCAAACUUGUCAUACUCUGAUGUAAAAUAGCAAAAAGAAUGCAGAAAAUGAAUGGUCGUGUGGGUUUAAAAAAGGAUGAGUUUUAAUAUUAAUUACAAACAAAUAAGUAAAUAACUUGAAAAAUGCCCCUUAAAUGAAGGCACUCUUCUAGAUCAAAAGGGUGCUUUGAAAUGCAAAACAAACUUCUUUUCUUCUGCCAGGGGUUUGUGUAUACACAGAGAUGCUAAUUUGAUAAGCGCUUGGUUAACUUCCGCUGACCUGAACUAUCAUCAGUUCAGAUAAAAAUAAUGUUUGUUAGUGGCCUUCAAAAGCUGUGAAACAUACAGGCUGUAGCCGCAGCGCGGGAAGCCGAAACGGCGUUGUCAGCUCCGUAAGUGGGAGCUCGCAGUGAAGAAAAGCGGUCCGGCAGCUGCGGGACGGGCACCGGCACCGGCCGUGCUGCACCGACCCUGGGCGACCUGCAGCAGUCCGAAACGGGGACUUAAGCUCUGCAGUCGGGACCUUGCUGACCUUAGGUCAAGAGGCCUCCGGACCUAGCUCCGAUUUUUACUCAAAACAGCCCUGAAGUCGCCUUCCGCACGUCCCCGCGGCAGAAGAGCUCGCGCACGACGGCCGGGCCGGGCUCCGGCAAUGACCUGUGCUGUCCCUCCUGCCCCAGGGGUUCGGUCGAGCGCUGGGUCUCGGCGUGGGGGUUUUAAAUCGAGCAUCCCAGAAAACGCAGCAGGGGUUACUUCUGUCUUUGAGAAUGCUGGGUGCAGGGCGGGGAACAGUCCGGACGCAAUCCGGUGGCUGUUUAGUGAACCACGGUCCAGAGUGUUCAUAAAAUACUAUAGGUGAACUCCAGGUCUUGGCCAGGACCUAGUUACGGUCUCCAGGACAGAGCCACCAUGUUUCCAGGAAUGCUUUAAAUUGUGACUUUUGGUUGUUGGGGUUUUUUUUUUAAUCUUUGCUGUAUUUGUUCUGGAGCAUGAGGAGUUUGGUAUCCGGGGCCGUUAACAUCGGGCAGCAGUCUGCGUGGGGAUGCUUCCUCUACAGAUGCGUGCAAACCGCGUCAGAACGAGGUGUUGCGUUGCUGGAGAGGAAAGUUAAAGAGAUACUGUCAAUUUUAAGCUUUGGGGAAAACCCGACUAUUAUUUUAAAGAAUAAAAGUGCUUUAAUAUUUGAAUAGUUGUUCUGCUUUUCUACAGUAUUUGCUGAAAUACCUUUUCUGUGUUUAAAAACCCAUAAAUCUCACUUUUUUCGCAGCCUAGGAAGCGUACAGCUUUGGCCACGGAAGCUUAGGAACAAAGGAGCUUUGAAAUGGGCUGUCCUCUCCUCUUCAACUGCUCCGAAUGUUUGUCCUUGACGUAUCAUUGAGAAGAAACUGUGGCAAGCUUGCUGCUGAUAAAAGCUCACUGUUCUCCAGCUGUAAGGAAAGUCAUCUGCCUUAAGAACAGCUUAAAUGAUUAGCCAGUCAGGCAUCUGAAAUCAGAAAUUUCUCCUGCUGCAUCCCAGGUUUUGGAAUGCUGUCCUGUGAAAUCUAACACUGCAGCGAGGCAAUUAGACCCGACACCAGAAAACUGCAGGUCCAAAUUAAAUGGAGUCCAUGAAGUAAGCCCUGAGUAUGAUAUUCAUAUGAAAACAGAGCCAAACUAUGCAUGAGUAAUAAGACUGUUAUCAAUCUGAAAAUAUAAAGGAGUCCUCUCUUCCAUCCGUAUUCACCACAGACAUGAUCUGGCUACACUGGUGUUACUGGGAAACAUCCUGCCCCUGUAUGGUUAGAACAUCAAGUAUUAAAGUCAUAGUAGAAAAAGGUGGCACAGCGUAAAGAGGAGUGACAGAACUGGACCUGCCGAGGUAGGAACACAGUUUCCUUGCCCCAGUUUCUUCAGUCUGUAGAACGAAGCAAGGGGUUUCCCUUGUCACAGUUAAUGCCUUUUGCAAAGCUCCUUACUUGCGUAGUGUAAGACGUAGCCCUAUUCUUCUGAGCACAUCUUGUAAAAGUCAUUUUGUCUUGAAGCACAAGGAUGUAGCAAUCAAAUGGAAUUUGGAAGUUUUCUCUGCUUUGGACUGUAACAAGCUUUCAAGGCUGCUGGUCGAUUGAACAGGGUGCUGCUGUGAGGGGAGGAAUUCAGGGAUUCAACCCCACCUAGCUUGAGUCACUUGCUUUAGGCAUUUGGAUAGUCAUCUUUUCCUCUCUCUGCAGUCAACGAAGAAAGAGAUACCACCACAGAUAGCCGUCGGAGGAGCCAUCACGCUGUGGGGCUGCUUCUCUCACCCAACACACUGCAGACGCAGCCUCGGUACAGCCUGCUCCACAGCCAUGUUGAAGAAGGAAUACUUUCAUAAAUAGGGCUGCUCAGAGCACCCAGACAGGCAGUAUAUAGUCUAACGGGAUAAAACAGUACCCCACAAAACCCACAGAAGUAACUUGAAACCAAGUAUGACACUGCCUUAUUUCAUCUUUCUUUCUUUGGUCCAUAGCACGUUAAUGUAUAAAAAGCUUUUCAUGAAUAAACAUUGGUUUGUGGUCAA